GACGAUCGAACAACACUUCAAACAUGCUUUUAAAACUCUUUAUCACCGGAACAAACCUAGUGGCUAUGCCAUAAAUGAUUUUACAGUAAUCUAAAAACGUAUAUUCCAAAAGAAUUCGCUCCAAUUCACAUAGCUCCCAUUCCUUCAUAAGUUGAUUCCAACUUCGUUGGAUUUUCUCUCACAUAGUCGAAUCAAUUCUAUCCAAAUUGUGUAAAAUUUGUUUCUUCAUUAUAUUGUGAAUAUGAAUUCUACUACUCUCUCUAUAAAUUCUUCUCUCCCUUCAUCAUCAUCAUCAUGUUCUUCAUACCCUUCUAUUACUUCUCUUAAAUUUCAACUUUUUUCCCCAUUUGGACCAAAACCCAUUUCUUAUUCUUGUAAUAAAGCACGAUUGUGCUAUUUUCAAGGGUCAGAAACUAUGAAGGGUAGAAAAUGUUUGGUGCUUGAAGCUACAAAAAUGGAUAAAACAGAGUCUGAUACUUUUGAAGAAGAGGAUAAGGGAGAGGGUACUUCUUCUUCUACUUUGGUUGAUGCUGAAAAUGAGACGAAUUCGAGGCCGAGAAGAAUUGCUCUCUUUGUUGAACCUUCUCCAUUUGCAUAUGUCUCAGGAUACAAAAACCGGUUUCAGAAUUUUAUCAAAUGCCUUCGUGAAAUGGGAGAUGAGGUGAUUGUUGUGACAACGCAUAAAGGAGUGCCCCAAGAAUUUCAUGGAGCCAAAGUAAUAGGAUCUUGGAGCUUUCCACUCCCUUGGUAUCAGAACGUACCCCUCUCUUUAGCACUUAGUCCAAGAAUAAUUUCAGAGGUAGCUCGGUUCAAGCCUGACAUAAUACAUGCAUCAUCACCAGGCAUAAUGGUUUUUGGUGCUCUUAUCAUUGCAAAACUUUUAUGUGUUCCAAUUGUCAUGUCCUAUCAUACCCAUAUACCAGUGUACAUUCCAAGAUAUACCUUUAGUUGGCUGGUGAAACCAAUGUGGUUGGUCAUAAAAUUUCUUCACAGAGCAGCUGACCUGACUCUGGUGCCAUCUGUUGCCAUUGGGAGGGAUCUUCAAGCGGCUAGAGUAACAGCAGCUAAUAAGAUUCGUCUUUGGAACAAAGGUGUUGAUUCUGAAAGUUUCCAUCCUCGAUACCGUUCACAUGAAAUGCGAUUAAGACUGAGCAAUGGUGAACCUGAGAAGCCUUUGAUAGUUCAUGUUGGACGGCUUGGAGUUGAAAAGAGUUUAGAUUUUCUCAAAGGACUCAUGGAUAAGCUUCCUGAAGCUCGAAUUGCUUUCAUCGGAGAUGGACCGUACAGGGAGGAGCUGGAGAAAAUGUUUGAAGGUAUGCCUGUGGUAUUCACAGGAAUGUUACUAGGAGAAGAACUCUCUCAAGCAUAUGCUAGUGGAGAUAUAUUCGUUAUGCCUUCAGAGUCAGAGACACUUGGAUUUGUUGUUUUGGAGGCCAUGUCUUCAGGGAUACCUGUGGUCGCAGCACGCGCAGGAGGCAUUCCAGAUAUAAUCCCUGCAGAUCAAGAAGGUAAAACCGGCUACCUCUAUAAUCCAGGCGAUCUUGACGACUGUUUGAGUAAAUUGAAACCCCUUUUGUUCGACAAAGAGUUAAGAGAAACCAUGGGAAAAGCUGCGCGUAAGGAGAUGGAGAAAUUUGAUUGGAAGGCAGCCACGCGAAAGGUUCGCAAUGAACAAUACAAUGCUGCUAUUUGGUUCUGGCGCAAGAAAAGGGCGAUACUAUUUAGACCCUUACAAUGGAUUGCUAAACGUGUUUUCCCAUCACCGCAAGUUAACUAUAGAUGAUGUUAGGAAACCUUCCAAGAUUAGGAUUGUUCCUUUCUAGGUUUGAGUUCACAUAAAAAUUGUAUUCUUUGGGAUGAAUGUGUGGUCAAUUGCGUGUAAUGCAUUCAUUUUUCUGAAUAUAAUAUAAGUUACAAUAUGGUGAGGUGCGCGCCUAUUCUAUCUAUUUUGUAUUUAAUUUACCUAUGUUGAUUCAAAA